AUGGUUGCGGCUAGGAACAGCCGAAAACGAACGGAUGGAAAUGGUGGCGAUAGCAGCAAGAAAGAUCGCAGUCGAAGACGCCGCUCUGGCGGUGAGGAGACGUCUCAUCGAACAGCAGUGGCGAAGGAACCAACACCGAAUGCUGAGAAUGAAGAAGGCGAAGUAGUGGAUGACGAAAGUGAAGGUGCCGGGGAGUAUCGAGCUGCUACUGCAAAAUCGAAAGAAGUUAAAGCGAAGCAUGAGUGGAAGAGGAUGAGGAAAGAUGAGAGUACGAGGACUCGCGGAAGAAAACGUCGGAAAUCACGCUCAACAGAUGUGGAAAGCGACGCAAGUUGGGAUGAUCCGAAACGAAAGUACAGCAGUCGCCGAGAUUCGAAAUCAUCUUCCUCAAAAAAGCAUGCGAGAAGUCAGAAACGACGUCGCUCCCGUUCGCCAACUGAUAAGCGAAGAAGGACUCAAGCUGAUGCUUCUGAUGGGGCAUCACAAAAAAGUGGAAAGCAUGGGAAUGGCGAGCUGCUUGACACAAAGCCUGCCGAAAAAGCUGCAAAGCCAGUCAAGAAGGAGCCGACUGCACGUGAUCUCGAAAUCGCUCGACUUUUGAAGGAGGAGGAAGAGCAUCCAGAAUUAGCUGAAAUGGACAGUGAGGCGGUGUGGUCGUUGAAGAAAGCACAAAUUGAGAUGCCUAGUCGCCAAUGUCCAUAUUUGGACACCAUUGAUCGGUUGAUUUGCCUUUUUUCGAUUGUAAUUAGUAUCCAGGCAACGUGA